AUGCACUCUCAAUCAUACCAAUCUGGUCAGUAUCCCAAGCGAUCCCUGUCCCAAACUUCUACCACCACCACCUCCUCGCGCUCCAGUCAGCGUUCCGACGAGAAGAAACACUCCAGCACAUCUUCCAAUCCGAUCACCAGGCGAUUCCGAUCAGCCUCAAAGCCAUUGAACCCGAUCGCAAUUUCUCAGAGUCAUUCAAGACACAAAUCCGCCAGCAUGUCUCAGCCUCGUGACAUCCCCCGCAGUGCUCCUCACAACCACACCUACUUCGAUCAACAUCACGGCUCUACAAGCCCUGUUCAGAUGUCGCCCGACGAAUCGUCACCUGGUUCACCUAAAGGAGAAUUCCCGAGGCGUGCUCCCACCCCGACUCGCAAGAACAGCGGCGACCACAAGCGCUACAGUGGAACCAUCAACCACUACGGGCGACACUCCAAUGACUGGCUUUUCGGUGGUUUCAGUGUUCGUGAGACCGUCCGUGACAGCUUUGACAAGCUUCGCAACAAGGAUGGUUGA